AUGUACAACAUCCGCAAUGCGGGAGCAAAAGGCUUUGGGGUGUUCGCGACACGCGCGAUCCAGCGCGGCACCAGGAUCCUGGCAGAGCUGCCGACCUUCACGAUAACGUCUGAUCGCGACCUUUUACCAGCGUUCAGGAGACUCUCUCUGGAAGCGAGGAAGUACAUCAGCGAGCUAUCUGUCAACGCCAACAAGAAGCCUGCGAUCUUAGACUGGAGCGAAGCAGCAUACCAUGUCUUCCGCGGCGCCCUAACUACUACUCCUAGGAGCCUCUUCUCGAUCAACGAGUACAGCACUCUGCUGGCGGCCUUUCGCAACAACUGCUUCAACAUCGGCGACGACCGACGCGCCAUCUUCCACGACAUCUCGCGCCUCAACCACUCGUGUGUGCCGAACGCGCAAGGGAACUUCAACACUGCUAUCGACGGCUUCGCAGUGCACGCCACGCAUCUGAUUGAGUCCAGACAGGAGAUCACGAUUAGUUAUCUGGCCGAGCAUGGAGCUGUGAGGAGUUCGCGGCAGGCGAAGCUGGCGCAAGGGUAUGGAUUUGCUUGCGGGUGUCCUGUUUGCGACGGCAGCACGGUGAAGGGUGCGGAGAGCGAGGAGAGGCGGAGGGUGGUGAGGGAGCAGUUGGGAGUGUUUUCUGAGGGUGAGCAGGGUGGGAGGGAGGAGCUGGAGAUGAUGAUGAGUCUGAUCGAGAUGUUUGAGCGGGAGGGCCUGGCGGGGAGGGAGUUGGGAACGAUGUAUCUCUCCGCUGCGGAAAGUAACUGCAAGCUUAACGAUCCUGUGGCAGCGAAGGAAUGCUCACGGCUGGGACUGGACAUGGAGCAGAGGUGUUUGGGGGUGGACAGUCCGCUGUACCGGGAGAGCAUGGCCAGGAUGAGGAAGAUCCGAGCAGUGUGA